AUGGAGAGCAUUCAUCUCCCAAUCUGUCCCCAGCCACAUUCAGAUAUAGUCACUAUUCAAAUCAAGGGUAUUGGCUUGACUACCCUGCCUGCAGUACAGUACAUUUGCAGGUCAGUUGGUGCACUUGAGGGGUUAUCAAUGGAUGGCAAGGAUGCUGUCAAGGCUUUUUACAGAGUGAAGAACCACUCAAAGUUGCGAAAAAUACUUACCAGGUUAAACAAUACUGUCAUAAAUAGCCAUCGCUGGUCUGCCACAGUAUUAUCUGAUAAGGAAGAAGAUGGUGACAACAGCAAAUUGGUGUUGCAGUUGAACAAUCGCGUAGCUGAUCUUUGGAGCCAUUUAAUGACGCAGAAAAUGUGGUUGGAGGAUUUGGAAUAUCUGCAUAUGGGAAUUCUGCAUCUGCAAGGUCUGCCUACCAAUGCUGAUUCGUGA